AUGUCGGGUAGAAGAAGAGCAUAUCCACAGCCCCAGUAUGCUGCUGGUGCACCAGGUGGAGUAGCAUCCCCACCGACCUUUGGUCAACCACCACAAUCCCAAGGUCAACAGCCAAUGAAUGGACAACAACCUUCAUACGGCGCCGAUCAAUUGCAAAAUCAAUUUCAGCAAAUGAACGUUGGUGCCGGUGCUUCAAAUCCAGCUUACCAACAACCUGGCGCUGACAAAUUCCAGGCUGCUCCUCAGCUCAGUUACGAUCCAUAUCAACCUCAACCGCAAGCUGGUGUCUAUGGACAAGGCAUGGGCGGGGUACCACCAGCUGCUGUAAACCCUGCUGCUGUAAACCCUGCUGCUGCUGCUUAUGGAGCUGCUGGUGCCGCUGCAUAUGGGCAACCAAAUAACAUUGCUUCAGGUAUACAAUAUAACGCAUUAUACACCACUGACUUGUCUCGUGAUUUGCCACCUCCUAUUGCUGAAUUGUCAUUUCAACCACCACCUAUUACAUUACCGGACACAGCAACAUUGAUUCCAGGGUCAAAAACUGCCAAUGCCACCCCGGAAUACUUUAGGUCCACGUUGAACGUUGUUCCUAAUAGUAACUCGCUUUUGAAGAAAUCAAAAUUGCCAUUGGCCAUCGUAGUCAAGCCUUACAAUGCGUUGAAGAUUGAUGACGAGAAUGUUCCUGCGACAUGCGAUACAACCAUAAGUAGAUGUCGUCGUUGUCGUGGUUACAUAAAUCCAUUUGUAACUUUGGCGGAGAAUGGAAGACGUUGGAGGUGUAACUUUUGUAACUUGCUCAAUGACAUUCCAAGUGCCUUUGACUAUGACGAGAUUAGUGGACAGGUGAGGAACAAGUUUGAUAGAGUUGAAUUGAAUCAUUCAGUUGUCGAAUUUAUUGCGCCAAAGGAAUACAUGGCCAGAGCUCCACAGCCAAUUGUGUAUGUUUUCAUCAUUGAUGUCUCUGUGCAUGCUGUCCAAAGUGGAUUAACUGGUACUAUCACCAGAACUAUCCUUGAGAGCUUGGAUCGAAUCCCCAAUGCCAACAAGACUGCUAGGGUUUCAUUCAUUGGAGUUGAUUCCAACUUACAUUACAUCAAAUUCAAUGAGGGUUUGGAAGGAACAGAAGUUUUGGUGGUAGCUGACACCGAUGAGCCAUUCUUGCCUUCGCCAAGUGGACUAUUGGUCAACUUGGAUGAAAAUAGAGAACCUAUUGAAAAGUUGUUGCUUGACUUUCCUUCGUUUUUCGAAAGUACCACUAACCAAGGUUUUGCCCUUGGACCAGCAUUGAAAGCGGGUCACAAAUUAAUCAGCAAUGUUGGAGGUAAAUUGGUUUGUUUUGGUGCUUCUUUGCCCAAUGUCGGUGAAGGUAAGUUGAUCUUAAGAGAUGAAGCUAGUGUUGCUGGUAAACCUAAAGAAGCAAAGGCAUUGUUGACUCCUGCAGACAGUUUUUACAAGUCUUUUGCAGUCACUUGUAACUCAUCACAGGUAACUGUUGAUUUGUUCUUGACGUCUGCUGGAUACCAGGAUGUGGCCACAUUAUCUAACUUGCCAAGGUACACUGCAGGUCAAACACACUUUUAUCCUGCAUGGACUAGCAAUAAGUAUGAAGAUGUUGCCAAGUUGUCGAAAGAAGUGGCUGACCAUUUGGCACAGGAUAUUGCAUUGGAGGCAGUGUUGAGAGUGAGAGGAUCGACCGGAUACAGAAUGUCGUCGUUCUAUGGAAACUUUUUCAACAGGUCUUCAGAUUUGUGCUCGUUCCCAACUUUCCCUAGAGACCAGUCAUACCUUAUCGAAAUUGCCAUUGAAGAGACUAUCAAUAAGCCAGUGGUGUACUUUCAAGCUGCUGUGUUGCACUCUACUUCAUUUGGGGAGAGAAGAAUUAGAGUUAUGAAUUUAGCAUUGCCCACGUCAUCCAAGUUGGUGGAUGUGUAUGCAUCUGCCGACCAGUUGGCCAUCACAAACUACUUCACUCAUAAAGCUAUCGAAAAAGCAUUGGCCUCGUCAUUGCCUGAGGCAAGAGACUUUAUCACUUCCAAGGUCGUUGACAUAUUGAAUGUCUAUAGAAAGGAGUUGGUUGCUGGUAACGUAUCGGGUGCUUCACCAUUGCAAAUAUCCACCAACUUGAGAAUGUUGCCCUUGUUGUUGUUGUGUUUGACCAAGAACUUGGCCUUCAGAAGCGAUCGUGUUCCUUCCGACCAUAGAGCUUCUGCUUUGAACAAUUUGGGUUCCUUGCCUAUUCCCCACUUGGUAAAGUCAAUCUAUCCUACUGUGUACUCCUUGCACAACAUGCCUGAUUCUUGUGGAUUACCCGAUGAUGAAUCGGAUGUCGCAUUGCCUGAGCCAAUCAAUGAUACAAAGACGUCUUGGGAAAAUUAUGGGUUGUAUUUGAUUGACAAUGGCAGUGAGUUGUUCCUUUGGGUUUCAGGAAAUGUUGUUCCUGGGUUGAUUCAGGAUGUGUUUGGUACUGAGAACUUGUAUGAAAUCACCACUGGUAAGACUGAAUUGCCCGAAUUUUCAGUCGAGGAAAGUGAGUUUAACUACCGAGUACGUCAAAUCAUUGGCAAAAUUAGAGAGCAAAAGGACUCUAUCAUCUGGAAGAAUUUAUACGUUGUUGUUGGUGCUUCAUCCAACGAGCCAAUUGAAAUUUCGCAACAACGUGACCUCAUGGCUUUGAGGAUGUGGGCCUCAAGUUGUUUGGUUGAAGACAAGACUGGUUCUGAGCCAUCAUAUAGAGAUUUCUUGACAUCAUUAAAGACAAAGGUUCAAUAA